CGCCAGCGGCCCGCCCGACGAGUAACCCCGCCCCCUUUACUCUCUCAGUGUGGCUGUAACCGCGGUCGAGGUGGUUUGUGUCGCUCUCGCCUUUCGAUUUCCCAGGGUCGCCUUCUCGCCGAUGCGACCAUAUAAACGACCAGCGAAGGAUCCGAAUACUGUGGUUUAUAAUAACAUUGACGUCAGCACGUACUUUACGUACCCUGUUAAAUAAAACUAGCGUAUAAAAUCUUCUAGGUAUGAACAGUGUCACUUUUGUUAAGUAAACUAUGAACGUUUUCAUACGUUUACGACAGUGAUAUCUUUGACGGAUGUGUUUCUGAGAAGUGCUGGCAGCAGUAGAUGCGAUGAGGCGCGAACGACACUGAAAGUAACACAAUGAUUACGGUCAAUAGCAACAUUAACCUGUAAAGUCUCGAGAAAAAAAAGUGACCCAGUUUCGGUUGACAAACUAAUUAAGAUUCACAAGCGUUUAAACUGCUAAAAUGUCGGUACCCAUCUAACUCCGGAACGAUGCUGCUGAAGUCAUAAGGCUGUCUGAAACAUCUGAAAUUCAGAAAGAGAUGGCCGACAGCCUUGGCUGGCGCCGAAGGAGAUGGCGGUGGUGGUGGGUGAUGGCUUGCUGGCUCCUCCCGUCGGCGACGCUGGCGGCGACUACGACUGCGGAGCAGAAGUUCGCGAACGAGCCGUCUCCGCAGACGGCCGUCAUAGGCUCGACGGUGGUGCUUCCGUGCAGGAUCAUCAACAAGGUCGGGGAAGUCCAGUGGACCAGGGAUGACUUCGGACUCGGCAACGAACGGGAACUGUACGCAUUCAAGAGAUACAGAAUGAUCGGUUCCGACGAGGAAGGCGACUUCAGCUUGCGCAUAAGCCCAGUGACUCUGGAAGACGAAGCCUACUUCCAGUGCCAAGUGACGGGCUGGAAGGACCCAGGAGUCAGAUCCCAGACUGCCAAACUGACCGUCUACGUGCCGCCAGAGCCGCCGCAGAUCAUUCAAGGGUCUCUCGUCACCACAACAGCUGGAUCCGGCGUGCAGCUGGAAUGCGUGUCCAAAGGAGGGAAGCCUGCAGCAGAGCUGCAAUGGCUGGACGGCUCUGGUCGCGUCGUGACGGAGGGAAUCAAGUAUUCCACAGAGCUCAUGGACGACGGCCACCGGAUGAACGCCAAGUCCGUUUACAGCUUCCUGGCCAGCAGGGACCAUCACAACGUCGUCUUCACCUGCACCGCUUCCAAUCCGGCUCUCCACCAUGCAUUUACAACGCAGGUGAGGCUAGAGGUCAGAUACCCCCCCGAGGUGACCAUCAGCCACGAUCAGGAUGGGCACAAGGAGGGCGACAGCGCUAAGCUCACCUGUUCGGCGAAGGCCAAUCCUAAUAAGCUUUCUUACAGAUGGUACCGCGGCGGGAAACAGGUGGAAGGGAACAACUCGACGCAGCUAAUCGUUUCUGAUGUGACCAGAGCCAGCAACAUGGAAGAUAUCACCUGCGAGGUCUCCAAUGACGUCGGCUCUUCCAAGAAGAUCACCAGGCUUUCCAUUCACUAUGGACCAUCAUUCCGCCUACCCCCGAGCGACCAGUAUGGCGACGUGGGCGACAACGUGACACUUGAGUGCCAGGUGGACGCGAUGCCCGAGCCCACCAUCGUAUGGAUCCGGCAGAAGCUGCAGACGGUGGUAGGCAAAGGGCCAGAACUCCACGUCACUAUUGACAAGGACACCGUUGGCAGUUACCUCUGUAUUGCCAAAGUCAACAGCUUCCCUGAAAUAUCGGCCUCCGUUGGCAUAUUCUUAAAGGGUCCUCCGCACAUCCAGUCCGAGAAGCAGCAGUGGGGGAACCAAGGGGAAACUGCGCUCGUUGAGUGCAUAGUUACAGAUGCCUCUUCGCAAUCAAUGACUGUGACCUGGAGCCAUGACAACCAAGAUGUGGACCUGGAAAACGACCGUUACGAGGCAGUGGAGGACACCAUUGCUAAGGGCGUCCGUCACACGCUAGUGAUUCACAAGGCGCAGGCGCAGGAUUUCGGACAGUAUAACUGUUCGGUUGAAAAUCCCUACGGAUCGGACUCCUUCGUCAUCGAACUUGUCAAAAAACAAACAGUGCCCCUACUUAUAGUACUCAGCGGAGUGUCAGUAGGAGUAGUGUUGGUGUUGGGAAUAUCCAUGGCAGUGGUCAUCAACUUAAAAAGGUCAACUAACAGGAAAAAAGUUCUAAAGACUGAUGGAUUACCUGAGAAAACAGUCACGCUUGAGAUGAACGACCAAAAUUCAACAGCUAACGACUCGGACUUGAAGGUUGAUUUCGAUCAGCGAACGGGUUCAUCAAUGAGUACCAAGGACGGUGGCGACAACAAAGGAUGGGAUAAGGAGUCCGAUCAUCCUACUACUCCGUCAUACCUUACUUCAACCGGUCCUUACACUUACCCUGAUUCCUUUACGGCUAUCCCUACCAAAAUGAAUGGUCACCUGAACAGCAACAGCGACAGACGAUCCUUCGGGAACUACGUGGACCACGCAGCUCUGGUCAACCAUCAGUUGCAGCAGCAGCAGCAGCAGCAGCAGCAACAGACAUCUCCCUCUAGCAUAGGAUUAGUUGGCAUCGUGGGGAUGGGCGGGGUAGGAGCCGGCGGCGGCGGCGGUUACCUCAAGGGCAGCAACGGCAUCGCCAACAACAUCAGCGGCAGCGUAGCCAGCUACCCGAGCUCCCCGGCAGGAGGCGUUCUGCUGACUUCGAGUCAGCAUUCCCUUUACUCCGGGUACGGGGAGUUCGAUCCCGGGCCGGAGAGGGUGGUGGACGGGGACAGAGGGUUCUCUCCCAGUUACAACAGCACCUUCACCAACCAAAACUUCACGAGCUCCAGCGGAUCCUUACCGCUCUCACUCCAGGUGACCGCUAGGCCCGCGGGAUCUCCCGGCGGAGGAGCUGGUUCGACCAUACCGAGACUUGGUAUACCAGUUGACCCAAGCCAGUAUAUAGUCCCUCCAAGGGCGCAGGUCCUCCAAGGGGCACUAGCUACCCAUGUAUAAAGUGCAGUAUAGCGAUACUUGCUAAAAGUGACUAUACAAAUAUAUAUUUUAUUCAAUUGUCCUUUACCCUUCCGUCGUUACGUUCCCUGAUCAGAUGGAGUUAUAUAAAUGUCACCUCAGAAUUUCUUAUACUACUGAACAGGGAAGAAACAUAAAAAGGAGCACUUGAUAUUGAUAAGUAUUCCCCAAGCCUACAGAUGACCUCUGGUUGAAGAUGAAAGGGAUUUCAAACUGGAAACUUAGGUUCUGUGAAAGCAAAUUACAUUCCUCGUGAGGGUAUGACUUUGGCUUGUGAGUGAAACAGAUAUGGAUUCAUGAAAACACUCAGUACACUUGAAUUAUAAUUCUGCCAUACAUUUGGAUUCUAGGUCACCCAGUAGGUACUCGGGAGUCCAUAAACGGGGAGAGUAACGAUUUUCAUUGAUGAUAAAUUCCUAAGCGUCGAGGGCAUUACGUUCCACUGAUCUCGAAUCUAUUUUGUCAGAUUUGGCAAAUGUUUUCCUCUUUCAAGCAACAAUGUGUAUAAAAAUUGUUGUUGGUUGUGCUUCGUCCGUAGUAUUCAGAAAGACAAAAAUUUCUCCUUAUGCUAGUGAAAACGUGUACAAAAUGGAGGCAUUUGUAUUCUCACCAUUAAUUAAAUACUUAAUAUGCAGGAAAAAGACAUGAAACGGGGCAGCUGAUAAGCAACUAGAAUCGAUAGGAUAUUGGCUGGAUAAAACCACUGAUAAAAUCACAAUUUCGAAAUUAAUCGCAUUUUCAAAAUACGGUAACUAAAAUACUAAAAUUCAAAGUCUCCUAUGUCAUAAUGAUUUAAAUAGUAAAGAUGAUCAACUUUAGCGAUAAACCCCAUCGAAAAGAACGAUAUCCAGUAACGUUAGCAUAGAGAUGAAAGCUGAGAAAUGCGCUUUAAGCGACAUUAAACGUUAUAAUUAGACGUCGAUAGCUUAUAUCGCCAUGACUUGAAUGGUAAUAUUUCCCAGUUAACACGAGAAAUGUCUGCUAAAUAUGGCAUAGCAACACUACACUGACGAUAGUCUGGGGUUGAACUUUCAUUUCCCAAGGUACCCGAAAAAACACUGCGUCACCUUGUAGAAAUGAAUGUCUAAGUGAAAUGGUUACCAUUCAGGGGAAAGAGAGAGAGAGAAAAAAAAUCUGCAAUUUCAGUAAAAUUCUCGUCCUAAUUAAUUACGUCAGUGAAAAUAUAUCCUCCCGCUAUCGGAUAAUGACUGCAGCAUUGGAAACAGGCUCAGGUAGAAUUCCGUUGAAAAUGUUCGGUGUAAUUUGCGCGAAUACAAAAACUAAAAAUUGAAAAAAUGACAAACAGACAAAAAGGUGGAAAAUAUGACAAAAAUCGAGUUUCCUCCACUCAGCUUUUGCCUGCGUGUAACGAAAACUAAAAUCCAGUAAUUUCAGUGGAAUAUAUAUAUAUAUUAAGUGGUGCUUGUUCAUAAUAUCAGCUGGAAAAAAAAUAUAUAUAUAUAUUAUUUAAACUAGCCUUGCCAUGUACAUAGCAUUGUCAGCAAAAAUGAUAAGUUGUUUAUAUCGAAAACUUGUGUUCAUUACAUAUCGUUGUACAUAUCAAAUGUUAUUUGUAUAAUUUGUAUAUACUUUAAAAGUUGUCAUAAAUAUUUUUAUACGAAAUAAAAGUACGAAAAUA